AUGCAAUCCAGCAUUUUGGAUCGGCUUUCGGCACUCGACACCAAUACAGUGUCCGAUGCUUUGGACUUCCUCGGCUUGAAGGGAGCUACGUAUGGCCUACGACCACUCUGGGACUGCCCGAAAAUUGUUGGACGCGCCAGCACAGUGAAAGUGGGUCCCAAGACGGAUGCUGCUCCUACGACCCAUCUACUAACCCCGGUCAUUGAUGCGGUGACAACGGAUGAUCGCAUCCUGGUCAUUUCCGGUGGCAUCGAUGGCAUCUCAUGCUGGGGUGACAUCCUCGCCAAUGCCUCGAAAGAGAAGCACAUCCGUGGGACCGUCAUCGAUGGCAUGAGUCGUGACAUCGAUGGCAGCCGGGAGGUCGGCUAUCCCGUUUACGGUCGUGGGGUGACUAUGAUCAGUGCGCGCAAUCGAGUGGUGCAGGUCGAGUCCGGCACAGCGUUGCAGAUGCGAGGUGUCACGGUCCACCAAGACGACUACGUAAUUGCCGAUAGCUGUGGGACGGUAUUUGUCCCAGCUCAGAGGAUUGACGAGGUCCUGGAGUUUGCCGAGCGGAUCGACCGUCGUCAGUCCCUCAUGGUCCACGCCGUUCGAGCCGGUAAGGCCGUGUCUGAGGUUAUGCACGACACCCAAUUCGAAGCAAUCCGCGAGGAACCACCUUCAGCAACGAUCAUAGCUGCCGCUCCAUCUUCCAAAGGAAAUCCCAACCAAGCUGGUGACGAGGAUCGCGAAUUAGUAGCGCUGUUUGCCGACUCAGACACCCCUGGAGUCUCUGACGCGCUCGACAAACUUGGUAUUCCUGGACAAGCAUUCGGCAUCAUGCCCUUGGCCGAUUACAAGAAAGUUACCAUUGGGCCGGCUUUCACUGUACGUUAUGUACCCGCCAGCGACCCGCCAGGAAGUGUUGGUGAUUUCAUCGACGACGUUGCCAUUGGCGAUUUCAUAGUCAUCGACAAUGGCGGUCGCACCGAUUGCACCGUCUGGGGCGAUAUCAUGACACAGUACGCCGGCUUACGAGGAAUUGCUGGAUCUGUCAUCGACGGUGUGUGCCGCGAUGUAAAUCGUGCUAUCAGCGAUGAUUACCCGCUCUUUACUGCUGGACGUUGGAUGCGGACCGGCAAGGACCGUGUUCAGGUGGGAGGUGUCAACGAGCCGGUGGGCAUCGGCAAAGUACGUGUCAAUCCCCGCGACAUCGUUGUUGCCGAUGCAAACGGUGUUGUUAUUGUUCCGCGUCAUCGAGCUCGUGAGGUGGCCGAAGUCGCACGAAGGAUCGAAAAGAGCGAAGAAAGCAUUCGGGAAAUGAUCACUGGUGGAUCCACGAUCGGCGAGGCACGCGAGAAGCUCGGAUAUCACACACUUCAGCGUCAAGGUUAA